CGACAGGUCAUCUGCAUCCGACUUGAAUCCGACUCCCAACCCGAACUCUCUCCGACUUCUCGAAUCUUUCCACCCGUGGAUUCCCGUAAUUAUUCUCUCCUGAAUCCGAUGCGCUUACAUGUGCCUGGAAUCACAGCUGAAAGUUGAGAUAAUCACAUUGGCUAUCAUCUAUCCGCCCCCUUCCGACGCGACUCGUGUUCUCGGCGGGUCUCGGAGUGAGAUGCCUCGUGGACGGUGAUAUCGGCAUGUGGAUCACAUAUUACCUCCGUUGACCCGGAAAUGCACUGGAUUAGCGAUAUCCUGUCUUUGUAUGGCUUUGUAUGGCUCUUUAUAGAUUUUUUUUCUGGUUCUGCUGUUUUCUGGUUGUGCUGUUUUCCCGAGCGUGAUGUCAUGAUGACCCGCUGGCCGAUGACAGACAUGACAGACUGAACUACAAAAGGUCAACUCUUCCCUAAAAUUACUUGUGAUGAAGCUCUCUUUACCCUCGCGAUGCCAGCCUUAAUCCCCGUUCGGGGUCUGUCGCAAGCCGGGCGACAGACGAUACGUCGCACACGGCCAGCACUACGACUUCAACCCCAUCGAUCCCUCGCCACCCGAGUCGAACACUCGACAGCCAUCCCCAGCGCCAACCAACAGAAGAAAGAGCGCGUCGUCAUCCUCGGAUCCGGCUGGGGCGGGUAUGGCGUCUCGCGCAAACUGGACCCCCAAAAAUUCUCUCCCAUCGUCAUCUCCCCCCGAUCCUACUUCGUCUUCACCCCGCUCCUGACCGAGACAGCCAGCGGCUCGCUGGACUUCUCCAACAUCGUCGAGCCCGUGCGCGACCCAACCGCCCAGAUCGACUUCAUCCAGGCCGCAGCACGCUCCAUCGACCUCGAUCGCAAGGUCAUCCGCUGCGAAUCGACUGUCGUCCGCAGCGGCGUGACAGAGACCUCGCGCGAGCACACGGACGAGAAACAGAAUGUCGCUCACCCGGCCCCCUCUCCCGCAUGGUGGGAACAAGGCGAGAUGUUCGACGUGCCCUACGACCGACUCGUCAUCGCCGUCGGCGCCGUUAGCAAAACGUUCAACACGCCCGGUGUGCGCCAGAACGCCUUCUUCUUCAAGGACAUCGGUGACUCGAAGCGCGUCAAGCGUCGGGUGCGCGAGUGCUUCGAGCUGGCUGUGCUGCCGACCACAACGCCCGACAUGCGGCGGUGGCUGCUGCACUUUUCUAUCGUGGGCGCCGGCCCCACGGGCACCGAGCUGGCUGCCCACCUCCGCGACUUCAUCUACUCCGACCUCAUCCAGCUGUACCCGACGCUCAAGGGGAUCCCGCGUAUCACGCUGUAUGACGUCGCGCCGACCGUGCUGUCCAUGUUCGACAAGUCGCUGUCGCGCUAUGCCAUGGACACUAUGCGCAAGGAGGGCAUCGAGAUCAAGACCUCCCACCACGUGAAGAGCCUCCGCUGGGGAGAACCGGGCCAGCAGCCCCCGCACCAUAUGGACCCCAAGCGGUGUCUGACGCUGAGCACGGAGGAAGAAGGCGAGGUCGGUGUGGGGAUGUGCGUGUGGGUGACGGGCAACACUAUGAAUAAGCUGGUCCGGACGGGUCUCGACGAGGUCCCUUCAUUCCCGACCCGGUCCGCGCAAAUGAAAGACGGGAAGGCCCUCCCCGCGGCGUCCCCCGCGGAAUCUUCCGCAGAGCAGAACUCCGGCUGGCACGUCAAGAAAGCCCCCAAGGUCGGCGCCCUCCUCGUCGACGGCCAGCUGCGGGUACAGCUCGAGCGACCGGACGGCACGACCGCCGUGCUUCAAGACGUCUACGCCCUAGGCGACAACGCCAUGCUCGAGACGGGCGCGCCGCCCGCAACAGCGCAGGCCACCUUCCAAGAAGCCAAGUGGCUGGCGGCGCGGCUCAACGCGGGCGAUUUGGCGCAGUCGGCGCCAUUUUCUUUCCAGAAUAUGGGCACGCUGGCGUAUAUCGGCGACGCGCGGGCGCUGAUGCAGCUGCCCGAGCAGGUGGGCAAGUACCUGCCUGGACAGCUGACGGGGCGGAUGGCGUCGCUGGUGUGGAACUCGGCGUACUUGACGAUGAGCAUCAGCUGGCGGAAUAAGUUGCGGGUGGGGUUCCGGUGGCUGUUGAAUAGAUUGUUUGGGAAGGAUGUGUCGCGGUUUUAA